UACCGCGGGGAUGCACCCGGCUUUUCCUGCUGAGCCGGGCUCUCCUUUUAGCAUGGAAAAACCAACAACAGCUGAAAAACGACCGUGGCCACACCCCGGCGUUGGAGGAACAGGCUUGAAUUCGCCCCCCCGGGCGGCAGACGCUGCCGGCGGCCGGGCGGACGCUGCUCCAGAAGCGUUAAUGCCCGCGGCCGCCGCUCAGGGUGGCUAAUAGGGGCCCGGAGGUUAGCGGGGCGGCGACGGCAUGGCCGGGGGCUGGUGGGCAAAGGCGCAGGGCGGCGGGAUGCUGCUGGCUCUCCUCGGAUGGAUCAGCUCCUGCGUCACCACCUUCGUGCCACUUUGGAAGAACCUCAACCUGGACCUAAACGAGCUGGAGGUCUGGAACAUGGGGCUCUGGCAGGUCUGCAUCACCCAGGAGGAGGGGGUGGUUGAAUGCCAAGCCCACGGCUCCUUCCUGGCACUGCCCCCGGAGCUGCGCAUCUCUCGCCUCCUGAUGUGCCUCUCCAACGGGCUGGGGCUGCUGGGCUGUCUCCUGGCUGCCCUAGGGCUGGAGGGCUGGAGAACCUGCGAGGACAAACCUGGGCGAAAGCAGCAGCUCCUGCUUGGCGGGGGUGCGACGCUUGGCAUGGCAGGGAUCACCACGCUGGUGCCAGUCUCCUGGGUCGCCUACAACACCGUCCUCGACUUCUGGGAUGAGACUGUCCCCGACAUCGUGCCCAGGUGGGAGUUUGGGGAGGCCACCUUCCUGGGGUGGUUUGCUGGAGCCUUCCUGGCCUCUGGUGGACUGCUCCUUGCCUGCAGCUCCCGCGCCACGAGCACUGCAAUGCCGCUGGCCCCCGCCUGCCACCAGCGCCCUGCUGCGCCAGGGCUGCCUGGGGGCCACCACCUGCACCCCAAAAACGCAGACUUGGUCAUCUAGGGACUCAGGGUGCUGUGCCCUGUGCACCUCGUGGCUCUUCCCCUGGCAGGGAGGGCUCCUGCUUUUUUCACAGGAUGAUUUGCUAAUUGCUACGACAGCUCUGCAGGUUUCUCUCCUUCCUCUGCGUGUCUGCUUCACCUUUUCUCUGUUAAGGAGCAGCAGACUCCCCUGCAGCACUCACCAAGCAAGCGUGGGAAGGCAACAAGCAGCAGGCAGCACUGUACUGCUGGUGACAGCGUGGUACCAUCACUGAUGGGUGACACUGUGUUGGCAUCCCUGGCAAGGCUCCCAUAGCCAAGUUUGUCAUGGCUAAUGCUGCGCCCCAGUGCAGCAGCUCUUUCCUUGCAUGUCUGUGUUGCUCUGAAAUAUUUGCAAUAAAUUAUCAUGUCUGUUGGCAGUGUGUCUGUGCUCUGAACACGCAGCUGUAUUUUGGAGAGGUGGGAUGCAGGAUGGGAGCUGCAAGGGGCAGCACUGCUGCUGCAGCUAUGGUUUGGUCAGUCCAGAAAAGAUUGGAGGAAAAGAGAGAAAAAUAGAAAACAAGGGGGAAGGAGGAAAAUGAGAGACAAGGCAGCAGAAAGUUCUACUCCUGCUGCAAAGGUGGGAUGGCAGUGACCGUGUGCCCUGCAGGAACCUCAUCUUCUCAUGGCUAAGAUGAUAAAGCCGAUAAGUGCCACAGACUUUUGUGUCAAAAGUUCCUUGACUGCAUCAUUUACCUGUGCUAAAGAGGCAAGAAAGGGUUUUUGCUGAUCGGAACUGUUCCUUCCACAUUUUCCUGAUUUAGCUGUA